ACUUUCCGGCUUGGUGACGUCAUUAGGCGAUGGGAGAAUUUGGGAUUUUCAAAAAUCUCAUCUUUAAGUAAAGAAAAAAAAAAACAAAGAAAAAAGGCCUAAAUUGUAUCUUCCUUCGAAGACGUCAUUUUUGUAAUUGUCAAAGUUAUUAUCUCGAAAUUUUGACAAAUAUAUUGGAAGUUUGAAGCUUUUUUUUCUGUCGAAAACAUCACAGAAUUUUCAAAUUUAGAAAGACGUGGCAGUUUUAUAGAGGAAAAUAUGUAAUUGAAAGUUUAAAAUUUUCUGAAAGAUUUUAAAGUGUCAAUACACCGAAGUUCAGAAAUCCACUUUGAAAAACGUUAAUAGAAAAUAUUUGCUUGACUAUAUUUUCCUGUAGAUGUCAAGACCGGUUGAUGGAGUGGAGUCAAAGAUCGAAGAAGGGUUCCCGCUGACGUCAUUAAUGGAAGGAUACGAUUGGAGGUCGUUUCCACGUGAUCCGAUGGUCCCGCAAAUGGCCGGGCGGUCCAUUCGCCCCCGCCAAUACAUCCUUGUAUUAGACUGGGAGUGGGAAGAGACGGAUGUGCUGUGGCGGGAAAACACUCGUGCUUGUUAGACGAGUGACAUCGUUUUGUUCGAGAAUUACAUUAGAGAUCCAUCAUGUGUACAACUAAUGGUGCGGUCACGUGUUCACCUAGUACUAUCUUUUGGGUGUUGGCAAUUGCUUUGACUUUUAGUUCCUCUGCGGCUAGAACAAGAGAAGGUGAAAGAGAAUUUAAGGACCUUCCUCUGUGCGAACGUAACACAGUCUGCGGUUACGUGCAACUCAACAGAAGAGGGGUGAGUAGUAUCGAGCUCUGUCGCUGUCCCGAUGAAAGUUGCCCCCUCAUCUGGGAUCUAAUGGACGGAAGGACAAUAGCGCACGGUAACGAUCAAUAUAAGUAUUGCAGUAGUUCGCCUCAACUGGAAUUAUGUAACACACACGAUACAGUUUACAGUUCGUACGUAGAAAUGUCAGCUUUGACCGGACAGACUCUAAUCAGCAACAUCUACGUGCACUGCGUGUGCCCGCCUACUUACCUGUUCACUCCCAACAACACAGUCUUCCAUCAGUACCAAAACGGAAUUAUGGCCAUCAGGACGAGUUAUCUCUGCAAGCCGCCUCCCCUAUGCGGCCUGGGCGACACGUGCAUGGCCAUCACGGAAACUUACAGUGACGAGAACAGUUUCGUCACGCGCAAAUGUGCUUGCCCACUCGGAUAUUUUUGUCCCAAUGACAUACGUUUAUCUUGGCAGAGAGAAGUAAUGGAUAAGGGCGUGUUCUAUAAGAUGCAGUGUCUGUAACAGUGAACGUUUCAAAUCCCCCCAUCGACGUGACUGUAGAAUAAAACUGGGAUUCUUGUUUAUCCAAUUUACAGGCAACCACAGGUGAAUGUUUAUUCCAAAAGCACCUUACGUUUCCCUGGAAGAGUUGCGUUUAUUAUUAUUAAUAUUAUUAAAAGAAAAUCCGAUAAACAUUUGUUUUUCAAGCCAAAUUAACCAUGUAUUUUGUUUAGCCAAAAUUCACCAGAAAAUAAA